AUGAGCACCAACACGUUAGGCGGCAACAUGCAGGAGAUUCUUGGCAAGUUCGUGGCGUUGAAAUACCUCGUGUUGCAUCACAACGACUACACCGGCAGCAUCGUCUCCUCCAACGUGCUCCGGCUGCCGCUGCUCGCAAGGCUCGACCUCAGCUUCAACCAGUUCUCCGGCGAGCUCCCUCUCGAGGUGGUCAACAUGAAGAGCCUCAAGUAUGUGAUGCUCCUGGCGAAUAACUUCUCCGGUGGGAUUCCGGCGACCUACCCGCCGUUCAACUUUGUGUACACGGUGAUGAUGCGGGAGAAUUGCCGCAGCAUAUGGGUUCGCCUUCUCAAGGGCUACGGAAUCAUCCCGAUUUGCACCAACUCCUCGUCGCCGGUGAGGUCCAACACGAUCUCCGGCUACGUGCAGCUCUCCGGCAACAAGCUUUCCGGUGAGAUACCUUCUCAGAUCGGCGCAAUGCGGAACCUCAGCUUGCUCCACCUCGACAACAACCAGCUCACGGGUCACUUGCCGCCGGAGAUCAGCCAGUUGCCGCUCGUCGUGCUAAACGUCUCGAGCAACAUCAUCUCCGGCAGGAUCAUCACGGGCAUGGUCAUGUUCAUCAUGGCCAACCUGCGGGUGAGGUUUCCGGUGGACCAGGACCCGAACCCCGAGUCGCUCUCCUGCGAGAACCCCAAGUGCGGCGGCGGCGGCGGCAAGUGCGGCGCGUUCCAUAUGUCGGCUACGUCGUCACCGCCGUCCGGAUGCUCGUCAUCGUGCGUGACCGGGUGCUCGCGCCUCCUCCCGCCUCGGACACGCUACUCCGCCGCCGCAGGGGGCAGCAUCCACGCCGGCCGCACACUCCAGCGCCUGCACGCCAGCCCUCCCGCCCCGCCGCGGCCGCUGCUCGGGCUCUCGUCGCUGCCCCUGCCCGUUGAUUGCUCCACGAGAGAGAAGGCUAGAAUAGUAAUUGCUAGUGAGUGA